AUGGACCCUCGCAUACAGGUUGCAAUUUUGGAAUCUUUGAUCCCUACUACUGUUGUUGAUAUUACCAAACUAACUGUACGAAGGACACCACUGUAUAAUGGGUACGCUCGACUUAGAACAAAAUAUCUUAAUUUAAAAGCAUCCAGAUUAGAGGAAAAGCUCGCCAAUUAUGCCGAAAGGCCUUCUUCUCAACCGCAAUCAAUAGAAACGCAUCUAAAUGACUGGAGUAAACGCGUCAUCAUUUUGGAAAAAAUGGAAUGCAUAGCACCUAUGGUAGAAAGCUUGAUAGAAGAAACACAAAAAUUACCAGUGAGAAUGAGGGAAGCAUAUAUGAGGCAAUGGAAGCGACUUGUGGUCCGGAAAGCAGUAGCACUGAUUAAAUUUGUACAAAAUGAAACGUAA